GGGUCCCUCUCCGGUUUCCCCUCAGGAAUUCCGCCAUAAUUCCCCCUCACGCGUUCUUCUCCGGUUUCCCCUCAUGAAUUCCGCCAUGGUUCCCCCUCAGGGGUCCCGCCAUGAUUCCCCCUCAGAAAUCCCGCUCCGGUUUCCCCUCAGGGGUCCCGCCAUGAUUCCCCCUCAGAAAUCCCGCUCCGGUUUCCCCUCAGGGAUCCCUCUCCGGUUUCCCCUCAGGAAUUCCGCCAUAAUUCCCCCUCACGGGUUCUUCUCCGGUUUCCCCUCAUAAAUUCCGCCAUAGUUUCCCCUCAGGAAUCCCUCUCCGGUUUCCCCUCAGGGGUCCCGCCAUGAUUCCCCCUCAGAAAUCCCUCUCCGGUUCCCUUUCAGGGGUCCCGCCAUGAUUCCCCCUCAGAAAUCCCGCUCCGGUUUCCCCUCAGGGGUCCCUCUCCGGUUUCCCCUCAUGAAUUCCGCCAUAGUUUCCCCUCAGAAAUCCCGCUCCGGUUUCCCCUCAUGAAUUCCGCCAUAGUUUCCCCUCAGGGGUCCCGCUCCGGUUUCCCUCCCGCCAUGAUUCCCCCUCAGGAAUCCCACCAUGGCUCCCCCUCAGGUCUCUCCCACUGAUAUCCCGCCAUAGCUCCCGCUCCUCUUCCCCCCCUCCCGCCUCUCCCGCCAUGCUUUCCCCUCACGGUUCCCGCUCCGAGCCCGGCAAUGCCCCGGUCCCGCCCCCGUUGGUUUCUCUCUCUCUAUGGUGCUGCGAGGCCGCUCUGCCCCGCUCGGAGGCCGCGCUCGGGCCGGGCCGGGCUCACCCCGGUGGCUGCGCGCGCAUCCCGCGCUCCUGGCACCGAGCGCCCGUUCCGCCAUCGCCGCGGGGUCCCGGCCCCGUAACCCAAGCGGGCCGGUAACAACAAAACGGCCGAGUCGGGCUUGAAACCCCGGGACUGAAUGGAGAAACCCGGCAGGAUGGAUUGUCCCGCGCUGCCUCCCGGUUGGAAAAAAGAAGAGGUGAUCCGUAAGUCGGGUCUGAGCGCCGGGAAAAGCGAUGUCUACUAUUUUAGCCCCAGUGGGAAGAAAUUCCGCAGCAAGCCGCAGCUGGCGCGCUACCUGGGCAAUGCCGUUGAGCUGAGCUCCAAAAAUUACCAAAAAAAUCUCAAAAAAAUCCCAAAAAAUGCUCAAAAAAUUCCCCAAAAAUUCUCAAAAAAUUCCCUAAAAAGUCCAAAAAAAUCCC